AUGUGGGACCGCCUUCGUCAAAAGGAUGCGGGCUCGCCUUUGAACCGGAAGAAGCUCGAAGCCUGGCAGAACGCGCGCUCCUCACAAUCGACAUCAUCACUAACAACCGAGGGAAUCAAGGGAGGAAACAGACAAUAUCAAUACGCCAUCAAGGGAGGAAGACAGACGCCGCCGAGACCGCUGAGGGACAUGGACCGCACAUCAGAGCAUAAUCAGACAUAUCUGAGCGCACCGCCCGUGCAGCCGCCGCCCUCGACGCGGAACAACCACCGCAGUUCCUCCUACGGUCGUCCGGUCUCGUCCAUCUACUCCCAGCCGUCGCCGGAAGCUGCCACCUUCGCUGCCCACCAGCUACGAAACGAAGUUGGGCGUAUCAACCCGAGCGAGGUUUCCCCGCCUAGUUCACCUGACAUCGCGUCAACGAGGCAUGGGCCAAACCCAGGAGAUGUUUCUCCCAUCGACGAGAUCUCAGACCCAGUCAUGUCUCAACACGCCUUGGAGCGACAUGCUCCACCCAAGAACAAUGCUCGCAGUAGCAAUAUACCCAUGAUGCGCCGUCAGCGUCGUAAGAACUCCGAUGCCGCCCAGAACGCUUUGCGGAGUACCGCGUCACGCGAAAACCUUAGACAGCCUCGGCCUCAUGGCAGCGAUGUGCGCUGGGACCCUGCAACGGGCGAGCCCACCAGCAGCACCAAAGGUCGCCCGUCACAGGUCAACCCGCAGCAGUAUGCCCAAGGCCUCGGAACCCGGGCCACGUCGACAUCCCCACAGACCAAGCCUGCUCAGCAGAGCCCCAACUCGUUUGGCGAACGUGUGCGUAGAACGCGGCAGGCGAGUGGAAGCCCUCAACCCGAGCCGGCACCACGACCCGAAUGGCGGGGGGCCAGUGGUAGAACCACCAUCGUUGCUCCGGUGAGCGACAGUAUGAAUGUGGCGCCGUUGAGUUUGCCUUCGAAGAAUAGCAAGAGGCCUGGUCCCGGUCCCGGAAUGCUGUCCCCUGUCGAAUCUGGCCUAUCUGAAACGUCUUCGCCCCAGGUAUCCGUACGAGGCCAGGGCAUGGAAGGACGCAGCGGUAGCACCGAACCCUCGAGCGCACGCCCACUCAGAAGGAUGAAUCCAUCGGAGCAGCAGCCACACCCUUCCCACACUGCGAAUGCGACUUCGACUCCUCAUCCGUCGGCCUAUCCCAGCCCACCUUUGUCCGACGACAUCUCGGUUCCAGCCAAGCUUGUCCCUGCACAACAUCAGCCGCAUCCAUCAUCGUCUGCUCAAGCCUCCCCUCGGUCGUUGUCGUUGCAGGUCCCCUCGAACGACAAAGCGAUUCGUAGGAAACCGGCAGCCGGAGCAAGCCACCAACCUGAUAAUUCGACAUCACCAUCCCCCAACUCACCUCGAGACAUUCACCCGUCUCAAGCUCCUCCUGGCUCGUUCCCAAGCGAGUGGACUCAGCCGCCGUCCCGCUUCAGUGUCACCACCUACGCAACGUCCAACUACACAUCUACGCCUAGAGAAAGUGUCGACGAGGAAACCCCACCCGUUCCUACGUCAUCUCAACGAUUCGCACAGCCUCCCAAACCCGCAUCAGGCUCCUCUGUUCUCGACCGCAAACGACCUGUGGUAAAGGGCUUCGAGCGCUCUUCCCGAACCAACUCGAACGAGCCCGUGAAAAUCAACAUGGACUCGCCAUACUACGUGACGUCGUCGGUCACGAAGCCGCGGCACUCGAGCCCUAGGACGGUCCCCGUGCCGCGCGGCAACGACUCGACGCUCUCGUUCAUCUCGGUGUCCUCGACCGAGAAGUCGCUCCCGCCGGCGCCGCCCGAGGUGACGGCGGCGCAGGACCGCGUGGCGCAGCUCAACGCCAAGCUCGAGGCGCUCGGCAACCGCCGCAUCAACAUCAACACGGCGAUCAAGCAGAUGACGGAGCUGAUGCCGACGGACAAUAUCCUGGCGAGCGACGCGGUGGUGCGCAAGCGCGAGGACGAGAAGCGCAAGGUCGAGGUGCUGCGCGGCGAGCUGGCCGACGUCGAGCGCGAGUCCUACGAGCUCGGCCUCAAGCUGCACCGCGCUUAUAAGCGCUUGGACCGCGACGCCGAGUACGAACCUACGGGGCUGUGGGUGCGCAGGGUUACGGGGUGA